ACAGUACCAAAAGUGCUCUGGUAUUUCUCAAAUUUCAUGGGUCUAACACCAGCAAUUAAUUUAUUUCUUUUUACAAGUCUCCCUUGGUGGUGCGAGGAGUGAAGUUUUUCUGAAGUAUUUGUGUUAUGUGCAUUUAUAUGCGAGAAACUGCAGCAAUUUGAAUAUAAUAUACGCCACCUCGUUUAUAAAAAAGUAUACCAAGCUAAAAAAAGGGGUGUGAAUGAAAAAGAGUUAUUUCUGGUAUUUUAUUUAGAAGCCUGUGUUAUAGUCCGGUCGAUUUGGAUCAAUAUGACAAAAGGCAAGUUCAAGACCUGUGAAUGUGGUAAAUGUAGAAAUAAUAUAGCUAAGACACAAUAUAGUUUGAAAUGUGCUGGGACGUGCGGGGGAUGGUACCAUAGGAAAUGUACUGGUCUAUCGGACGAGCAAUUUUUGGCUUAUGAGAAGCGUAAGACUGAUCAAAAGUAGUUGUGUGGCAGAUGUGGUAGAAACAGGCAUUCUUCGUCAUCAGAUCACUCAGACGCGUCUGAUCCCGUACCAAUGGAUAAUCCCUGUAACAAAGACAUAAUGAAAACUAGACAACAGAAGUUUUCAGAAAUAGAAAAGGCCCUUAAUUUUAAUGGCGAAGUGAUGGAGGACUUACAAAUAACAGUAAAAGCUAUAUCAGAUGAGAAUAUUGAGUUGCGAAAAACACAAGAGCAUCUUAAGAAUCGUGUUGCUGGACUGGAAAAGGAGGUAAUGAAGAUGAAGCUAGGAAGAAAAGGUCUUUUCGAAAUUGGAUAUGGGGGAACCCAGCUAUAAGGUGUUUGUUCUUUCUAAGGCUGAGGAGGAUCCUACUGUGGUGGCUGUGCACUUAGAUUCAGUGGAACAACAUAAUACGGUUAUAGAAAAGAGAAAAAAGGCUAUCACUGAGCAAUCAAAACUGCAGCAUCUGUGAUUCUCAAGCUAGAAUAUUUAUUAUUGAAGAUCUUCCAAAGGAAACUAGAGAAAUUUAUAAAGAGGCAAGAAAAUUGAAGAUUUCUGGGUUUGAUGCAGAAAUGGCCAGAUCUAUGCCAGGAAGGCUGAUGGGGAAGUUGCAUUGAGGAUCAAAUCAUUA